AUGUCAGAGUACCUCAAAGACUUUGACCCCGACUUAUUGGGCACCGACGAGGACGGCUUCGACUUCAAUGGCUGGGUCAACAUGCCUCUCAUUGGACAAGAAGAGCAGGAACCAGUUCUCGACUUCGAUUUCGACUUCUCCCUGCUGCCUGAUGCUACUGCAGCUCCCGUGGAACUUUUUUGGUCCACGGCGCCUAUUAUUGGUCAAACGCACAUCGGAUCCCCAAUGCCGGAUCCGGAGCACGGAACCUUUGAAGCACCAAGAGAACCAGCUACUCAGCUGGAGCAAAGCGCAUGUUCCGUUAGUGGUGAAGCUCAUCCAGUCGCAUCUGAUCAUCAUCCAGUUCUUGGACCUUCUGAGUUUUCAUGCAUCCAAUGCAAUAUAUCGUUCCCACACGCGGCUGCGCUUCAUAAUCAUGCGUCAAUCUCACUACAUAAUCCCGUUGCAUGUUCGUGCGGAGAAAGGUUUUCACGUCUCGAUGCUCUAAACCGACACUGUGAUUCCUUUCGCAAAGACAACCGUUCUUAUCCGUGCAAGUUCUGCAAACGCCAUCGCGGUAGGAAGGCAUUUGGCCGGAAAGAUCAUCUUGUUCAACACCUUCGCGGCUAUCACAAAUUCGACCAGGAAGAAAUUAACAACAUUUCCCGCAAUUAUGGUUACAAUUACAAUCACCGUCAGAUUCUAGUAUGCCCUCAUGCUGGAUGUGAAUAUCAUCGAGGCGAGGAGUUCAAAAGGUUCACCUGGUCUCGGACUACCGCUGACAUUCCUUUUGAGAACCAAUCCGACUAUAGGAAGCACCUGAAAGACGUCCAUGAGGAUACCCCGUUCCCUUGUCAUGUGGCUGGAUGCGACCGAGUUGGCCGCAGAGGCUAUAUCCGUGAGAGGGACCUUAUGAAACAUUUAACUAGUCAACACCCAGAUGCAGCUGAGUAUUCACCAGCUCCUCGAGAGGAUACUUUAUACAAUUGCGGCGAUUGUGGGAAGCGCUAUAUGAACGCAAGCUCACUUUCUUAUCACUCUUGCAAACCUGACCCCAAGGAGGGCUAG